AUGAACGACAUUUGCUACACUAAAGUGAUGGAGCAGGUCGGCCAACGCCGCAACCAAAUGCUUAUCUUCGUGCAUUCACGUAAGGAAACCGUGAAGACAGCCAAGUACAUCAGAGACAAGGCUUUGGAAAAUGAAACCAUUGGCCAAAUCUUGCGCAGUGACGCCGCUAGUCGUGCCAUUCUUGCGGAAGAAGCCGAUUCUGUUGAUGAUGCUGGCCUGAAGGAUGUGAUGCCCUACGGAUUUGGAGUUCACCAUGCUGGUCUCAGUCUUGCUGAUCGUGAUUCCGUUCAAGCACUGUUCGCAGAUGGCAGCAUCCAGGUCCUUGUCUGUACCUCGACAUUGGCCUGGGGUGUUAACCUUCCCGCCCACACGGUCAUCAUUAAGGGAACUCAGGUCUAUUCGCCUGAAAAGGGUGCUUGGGUCGAGCUGAGCCCUCAGGACGUUCUGCAGAUGCUGGGACGUGCUGGUCGACCUCAAUAUGAUACCUUCGGUGAAGGUAUUAUCAUCACGUCGCAGGCAGAAAUUCAAUACUACCUCUCGCUGCUCAAUCAACAAUUGCCCAUCGAGUCACAGCUGAUGAGCAAGUUGGCGGAUAACUUGAACGCUGAGAUUGUGCUUGGAAACGUUCGUACACGAGACGAUGGUGUGGAGUGGUUGAGCUACACAUAUCUCUAUGUGCGUAUGCUCCGAUCACCUGGCUUGUACAGUGUCGGUGCGGACUACCAGGAUGACGAGGCUUUGGAACAAAAGCGCGUUGAUCUUAUUCACUCCGCCGCCGCCGUGCUUGAAAAGGCAGGCCUCGUCAAGUAUGAAAAGAAGACUGGACGUCUGCAGUCAACCGAGCUUGGCCGCAUUUCCUCACACUACUACAUCGGCCACAAUUCGAUGCUCACCUACUCUCAACACCUCCAACCUUCUAUCUCAACCAUCGAAUUGUUCCGCAUCUUUGCUCUCAGUGACGAGUUCAAGUACAUCCCAGUGCGCCAGGACGAGAAGCUCGAGCUUGGAAAGCUCCUUGGCCGUGUGCCUGUGCCUGUGAAAGAAACGAUUGAUGAGCCCCACGCUAAGAUCAACGUUCUUUUGCAAGCCUACAUCUCCAGACUCAAGCUUGACGGCCUUGCUUUGAUGGCAGAUAUGGUCUACGUCACUCAAUCAGCUGGUCGUAUCAUCCGAGCACUCUUCGAGAUUUGCCUGAAGAAGGGCUGGUCUUCGGUGGCCAAGAACGCGCUUGAUCUCUGCAAAAUGGCAGAGAAGCGCAUGUGGCCUACAAUGUCGCCCCUUCGUCAGUUCUCACACUGUCCAAGAGACGUGCUUCAGAAGGCCGAGCGAAUUGAUGUUCCCUGGAACAGCUACUUUGACUUGGACCCCCCACGUAUGGGUGAGCUCCUUGGAAUGCCCAAGGCUGGUCGCGUCGUGUGUGACUUGGUGUCUAAGUUCCCUAGACUCGAUGUUCAAGCUCAAGUGCAACCCAUCACAAGAUCCAUGCUGCGGGUUGAACUCACAAUUGCGCCAAACUUUGUUUGGGAUGACAAUGUGCACGGCGGUGCUCAAGACUUCUGGAUCUUGGUUGAAGAUUGUGACGGUGAGGAAAUCCUGUUCCAUGACCGAUUCCUGCUCCGCAGUGAAUUCGCCAAGUCGGAGAUGAACGAGCAUCUUGUGGAGUUCACUGUUCCUGUCACUGAGCCGAUGCCUCCCAACUACUUCAUCUCAUUGGUGUCGGACAGAUGGAUGCACUCCGAAACCAAGAUCGCAUCAAGGCGCUGA